AACUAUUAAUACCGCUUCGCCCAGGGAUGCGGGCGUACUGAGCGCCGGGAUUGGCCUAGGGCGCCGUGGCCAUCCCCUUUAAUUUUUAAAUACACCGUCUUCUUUUACUUCUUGGUGGCAAGAAAAAAAAAAUACUAAAAGAAGACAAGCCGUCGAUUUUUUAUUUUUCCUCCAGAACAAACCCCGCCGUGCAAUUUGGUAGCAAGGCUUCGAGAGGCAAGAGUGGUUUGCAAAAUCUUCCAAGGCUCAAGACCCCGUUGUGCAGCGGGAAAGGAACUCCGCGGGUUAGCAGGGUCAGUGGAGCAUCUGCUGCCAGCUCUUGCAGGACCCCCUGAAGCUCCAGCCGCUGGUCCCCUAGGUCACCGUCGGCACUUCUUGCCUGUUUCGGAGGAGGAUUUGGGACGUGAGCGACGACCCAAGAGCCUUUGCUGACCUCACGGGCUCAGCCUUGGGCUUUGUGGCAAUACCUGUGCCUGCCCUACUCUGCACUCCCAGCUCAGCUUUUGAAAUCUUUUGUUGGCACUGCUGACUGCCCCAAGUUAAAUGCUCCUUUGCUAUUUUGCUUUUUUCCUGUUUUUUUUUUUUUUUUUUUGAAAGCUCUUUGCAAUUUUUUGGAAAAGCCUCAGACGCCAUCUACAGUUAAGACUUAGGUAACUGCCUUCUCUAGCACCCCCUUCCACGCCCCCCACCCUUUCCACCAAAAAAAGGGGGUUGCAGAGCGGAUUCUGGCUGCCGCGCGGCGUGAGCCGGUAGACCCGUGCUUAUUUCCUUUUUCUUUUUGUUUGGUUUCUAACGCGUGGAGGGCGAGCCGGCGCCGCGCGUUCCCUGAAGACUGCACAAACUCCAAGCAGGGCUGCUCCGCCUGGUCUGCAGAUCCUCAGCUGGGGAUCACUCAGGAGCCUGGUGCUGCAGCUCCGCACCCUAGAGGCACGCUCACUCGUCCAGAUCCACGCUGCAAGCAGAGACCCACCGACUCCAGAGAACGGGUUCUGUACCGCAGUGGCGGCUUUGGGGUAACAAAAGGACUGGAGUUGUCCGCAGAGAGAGCACCCCCGGGAGCGGGGCUCGCAGCCGGGGACCAGCCCUGCGGCGCCCAUCGGGGAGUAGUAGCUCCUAACUCUUCCUUCACUGAGCCACAGUCGGGUCCCUUCCCCUCUUGAUCCUUUUAAGUCGGUGGCACCGAGGCGCCUGCACCCCGUGCCUCAUCCAUCUCUCCAGCCAGGUUUUUUAGUUUGUUUGUUUGUUUUGUCGUGUGCGAUCCCCACACUCAUGAACAUACACAGGUCUACCCCUAUCACAAUAGCGAGAUAUGGGAGAUCGCGGAACAAAACCCAGGAUUUCGAAGAGCUGUCGUCUAUAAGGUCCGCUGAGCCCAGCCAGAGUUUCAGCCCGAACCUUGGCUCUCCGAGCCCGCCUGAGACUCCGAACUUGUCGCAUUGCGUUUCUUGCAUCGGGAAAUACUUACUGUUGGAGCCUCUGGAGGGAGACCACGUUUUCCGCGCUGUGCAUCUGCACAGCGGAGAGGAGCUGGUGUGCAAGGUGUUUGAGAUCAGCUGCUACCAGGAGUCCCUGGCCCCCUGUUUCUGCCUGUCUGCCCACAGCAACAUCAACCAAAUCACAGAAAUCCUCCUAGGGGAGACCAAAGCCUAUGUGUUCUUUGAGCGGAGCUAUGGAGAUAUGCAUUCCUUUGUCCGCACUUGCAAGAAGCUGAGGGAGGAAGAGGCAGCCCGACUGUUCUACCAGAUUGCCUCAGCCGUGGCCCAUUGCCAUGAUGGGGGGCUGGUGCUUCGUGACCUCAAGCUUCGGAAAUUCAUCUUCAAGGAUGAAGAGAGGACUCGUGUCAAGCUGGAGAGCUUGGAAGAUGCUUACAUUCUCCGGGGUGAUGACGACUCCCUUUCUGAUAAGCAUGGCUGCCCGGCUUACGUCAGCCCAGAGAUCUUGAACACCAGCGGCAGUUACUCGGGCAAGGCAGCGGACGUGUGGAGCCUGGGGGUGAUGCUGUACACCAUGUUGGUCGGGCGUUACCCUUUCCAUGACAUUGAGCCCAGUUCCCUCUUCAGUAAGAUCCGCAGGGGCCAGUUCAACAUUCCAGAAACUCUGUCGCCCAAGGCCAAGUGCCUCAUCCGAAGCAUCCUGCGACGGGAGCCCUCAGAGCGGCUGACCUCGCAGGAAAUUCUGGACCAUCCUUGGUUUUCUACAGAUUUUAGUGUCUCGAAUUCGGGAUUUGGUGCUAAAGAGGCGUGUGACCAGCUGGUGCCAGACGUCAACAUGGAGGAGAAUUUGGACCCGUUCUUUAACUGAGCUCAAGGCCCACGGACACUUAGCAGGUACCAGGAGCAAGAGAGGGCCCCAGAAAGGAGUUCUGGGACACAGGUGGCCUGGCUGGGAAGCAAGAUGAACACUCGUAUUUACACGUUUCUUGGUUCAGAGGAGGAAUACAUUCUAGGAGCUGACCGAACACAAAGCAUUGGGAACAAGACGUGUGGGAUGGGGGUUGGGUUCAGUUGAGUUCAGAUGGACGAGAGCCCCUCCCCUAAGCUUCUCUUCCCUGGGGUAGUCUGAGAGUCCCCCUUAACAGUAGGGACACUUUCACUACCCCACUUUUCAUUUUGUUCAGAAAUAGUUGCAGAUCUCUAUAGAAUUCAAACUCUUCUGCCUCAAACACAUACCUUGGCAUUGCACUGUUAGCAUUUAACUUCUUGUUAUGAUUCAGGGAAGGGACAAUUGAUCGAAGAGUUUUUUUUGUUUUAAACAGGCCAACCACCUAUGUAAUAAUUAAUAGGAUUCACCUAAAAAAUAAUAAUAAUUCGGUGCACACAGACUGACCUGAAACCUGGGUGCUAAACUAAAAGAAAGCAAAAGUUCCAGUUGUUGUCUCUCAUUCACACUUUUUCAACUCAUUUCUUCUAAAUAAGCGAUUUCCUAUUCUGGUUAGGAAGUGACGAAUUGAUUCUUUGCUCCCUGCAGUGGGAAGGGGUGGGAAAUCUGUUCUGUAACAGACAGUUCUGUUUUGUAUCAGUUGAGUUUUGUAGCAGGAAACCAUUAGAACUCAAACUUGCAGAUGCAUUAUCACAGUCCAGGGGAAGAAGAAAGGAAAAGAGAAAAAUCCAACUCCUUUGUGGGUUUUGUUCUUUUGAAGGGAGG